CACAUGUAGGUUUUUAAAAAAAAAAAGACAACCGCCAUCUUGCAUUUGUAUUGUAAAAUGAAAUAAGUAUGUAUAAACUAAAAUACUGGAUCGGUAUGAACCGAAAGAUCUUUGACGUACGAAGAAGAAAAACACCAUUAUAAUGGUAGCUCACAUUAUGUGUUUAACUUCUUCUGGUGGAAUUCCAUUAUUCUCUCGACAAAAAGGAGAAGGUGACACGAUGACAUUUUCUAAAAUAGCAUCUCUAAAUGGAAUACACAUGUUUCUUAAGUCACAAGACAUCAAACUUUUAUACACAGACUUACCAGAUACUACUGUAAUGUGGAAGGAGUUUGAACAAAGCGUUACAUUAAUAGCUAUUGCAACUGGAACUACAAAAUAUAUUUUAACUCAAUUUCUUGAUGCUAUAUUCGGUGCUAUGAUUUUAUUUGUUGGUAUCGAUGAAGUAAAAAGUGCAAAAAAUAUUGAAAAGCUUAAAAAAGACAUGCGCUUAUGUAGUCCAAUUGUUGAUAGUUUAUUACAAUGUCUUGAUGCUGGAGAUGGAAUCUCUUUAAAAACUGAUAUUGUUAAUAUGACGGAAUGUAUUAUGUGCAAUGAAAAUAAUUUACUUCAGACUUGUUUAGAGGGUUAUGUGGAAUGUUUGGAUUCUAUAUACGGAUGUAUUUUAAUACAUGGCUGCCUAGCAGUUGCCACAGAAGGAUGGUGGAGUUUAAACCCUAUAGAAAGGAAAUUGUUAAUAAUAGCUGUUACUGCAGAAGGUGUUUGUACUACCCGCGAUAUUCCAGUAUUUUUACCUUAUAAGAGUCCAAAUGUGGCUUUCAGACUAGUGUCUGUUACAUUGAUUAAUCAUAUCGAAGUACUUGCAUUAUGUGGACCACAUCCAGAAUUAUCAGAAAUUGAAAGAUUUGCUGUACAAUGUUGGAAGAGUAGCAUCGAUGCUUUACACGGGGCAGAACAGUGCUAUCCAAAGAAUUUACCCAUGUCUAUAAAUUUAGAUUCGGAAACGCUUGGAUUUCUUUUGGCAAAUUAUAAAGUACAGAAAUUCGUACUUGGCAGAAACAUUCAGUAUGCUAAAAACAGAGUCAGCGGAUCACACAGAUUGGAUAUACUACGAACGUUUUAUCAUCAAGCUGUUGAAACCUUUAUAUUAUCUCCUGAAUCCGAAGGUGAAAGAAAGAGUGAUAAUUGGAAAUUCGUUGGUGCAAAAGAAAUAUAUUUAUGUUCAGAAUAUCACAAAUGUCACGCAGUUAAAUAUGGAGAUCAUAUACUAUGUAUUUUAUAUGCUUCCAUAGUUCCUACUCAUACUAUGAGAUUAAUUUGUCAGAAAAUAUUGAAAAUGUUACUUGUCGAUAAGUAAGAUUGAUAAAGAAAAUGUAGUCCGUACGAUUUUUUGUGUUUGCUC